AUGGGGGGCGUCUCGGACAUGGCGAAGAAGCCCAGCUGGCGCCGCCUGGCCUCGAGCUUCAAGACGGGCAUCCGAGCCUGGGCAAGACAUUUGCUCCACGAAGUGCGGGACAUCGAGGCCGUGCCAAUCCUGGCGGACGUCUACCCACAUGGAUCCUACACCGACCCAUUGCAGGUUGAGCUUCUGAAGGACGCACACGACGCCUUCUUGAAUAUGUCCGUGCCAGUCCUGAAGUGGCUGGAGGACUUGGAUGAUGGCCAUGGAAGGUGGCGAAAGGGCUUCAUGGCGGACCCGGGCCACCCCAAUGACCUGGGCCACGCGGCGAUGUUCCACGCCAUCAACAUCAGCCUUUUCUCCCCCGCGCGGAUCGCAGCGGAGCGGCGCGCCGCCAGAGGCAUCGCGCAGCUGGUGGCUCGGCAGCUGUCAAACUAUGCGCAAGAGCCAAGCGCUCGAAGAUCAGAGGCGGUCGCGGCUACGCCAGAACCGGAGCGGACGCUUCUAAGACCAGGAGCCUCUCCUGGCAGAACAUCCGCCUCCGAGCCGGCGGUUUCGCCUGCGGAGGCCCGCGAGGCGCGCGAGGCGCGCGAGGCCGAGGCCGUUCCUCGCUUGGACUUCGAAGGGGACGAGGGCAGCGCGCCGCGGCCGCCGGUGGAGAUCACCUCCGGCUGGGAUGUGUUCAAUCCGGAUGACCAGCUGGAGCACACCAUCCCCACCGGCCGGAACGAGGCAGCUGCGGAUGGAUGGGGCGACUUUGACUUUGACGACUUGAUGUGA